UUUUUCUUUCAAUUUUUUGUUUGUUUUAAAUUCUGCCAAAAAAAUUAUUUAUCAAUUGUGGAGAGCAAUCAAUCAUUAUUGAAAGAAAUAGUGAACAGGUCAAGAUGGCCGAUGAUCAAAUGAUUAAGAUAGCGGAAGAUAAUAGGGAUAAAAGGGUGACUAGGCUAGAAGAAUGUCUUCUUGAUCCAAAAUCCGAUCUCAACAUCGAUGGCCUCCUGGAUUGUGUUCAAGCAUUGGUCAUUGAUUGUAAUCAUCCUGCAUUGCGACGGAUCAAAAAUAUUGAUCUGUUUCUGCAAAAAUAUGAAAAAUACAAUGAUUUGAUUUCAAAUUCGCGCAUGAAACCCGAUGAUUUCAAUGUGAUCAAAGUGAUUGGUUCUGGUGCUUUCGGCGAAGUGAAACUUGUCCGCCACAAAUAUACGAAAAAAGUGUUCGCCAUGAAAGUGCUAUCCAAAUUCGAAAUGAUCAAACGUUCGGACACAUAUUUUUGGGAGGAAAAGUUCAUCAUGGCACAUGCCGAUUCUGAUUGGAUUGUCAAACUACAUUACGCCUUUCAAACCAACACACAUCUCUAUAUGGUGAUGGAUUAUAUGCCGGGUGGUGAUCUUGUCAGUCUUAUGUCUGAGUAUGAUAUACCGGAGAAAUGGGCCAAAUUUUAUUGUGCCGAAGUGAUUCUCGCAUUGGACACCAUUCAUUCGAUGGGUUUUGUUCAUCGUGAUGUCAAGCCCGAUAACAUGUUGCUAGAUCGGCGAGGUCAUUUAAAAUUAGCUGAUUUCGGUACCUGCAUGCGUAUGGACGACAAUGGUCUUGUCCAUUCGGAAACGGCUGUCGGUACACCUGAUUACAUUUCACCCGAAGUGCUAAGAUCACAAAGCGGCAAAGAAUGCUAUGGUCGUGAAUGUGAUUAUUGGUCGGUGGGUGUCUUUCUUUACGAAAUGCUUAUCGGUGAUACUCCUUUUUUUGCUGAAUCAUUGGUCGGAACGUACGGCAAAAUAAUGGAUCACAAAAAUCAUCUUCAUUUUCCUGAUGAUGUAGAAAUAUCUGUGGAAGCUCGUAGUCUUAUCUGUGCCUUUCUCACCGAUCGUCUGAACCGGUUGGGUCGCAACGGAAUGCCUGAAGUAAAGAACCAUCCAUUUUUUCAAAACGAACAGUGGACAUUCGACAAUAUUCAUCAAUGUAUUGCACCUGUUAUUCCUGAACUUUGCGGUGAUGAUGAUACAAGUAAUUUCAAUUCUAACCGUAUCGACAUACGCAAAGAUAAUGAACAUUUUCCCGAACCACGAGCUUUCGCCGGCAAUCACAUCCCGUUCAUUGGGUUCACAUAUUCUGGUGAUAAUGCUCUUCUCUCUCGCAAACGGCGCCACUCGCAAUCGGUGGAUGGCGAAUCCGACAUGAUGGUCGGUCGAAUGGCCGAAUUAAGUGAUCAAGAUAAACGUUCGCUGGUUAUUGAUUCGAGUGUCGAAUUGGACCACAAAUUUCGGCUCACCAUGCACGAGAAAGAUAGACAAAUAGAUUCUUUACAGAACGAUAAAGCCUACUUGGAAAAACAUCUGAAUUCGUUACGUCAAAAUCUAAUCAAAGUACGCGCCACACUCGAUCAAGAAACCGAAAAUCGGCAAGCUGCUGAAAAAUCCAUGAUUGAAUUGCGUAAAAAAUAUGAUUCGGAACGAACACAACGAAUACAGACGCAGAAUGCUUUGAAUGAAAUGAAUUCAAGUAUGGAGAAAAAGUUGACCAUGCUAAGCGAAAUGUUGCAAAAAGAGAAAGAAAAUUUUGCGCGUGAAUCGAUCAAAAUGAACGAUCUACAGCAUACGAUCCGUAAUCAAGAACUUGUCAUUGGUGAAAUGAAAAAUAAAAUUGCCAUGUUCGAAAAAAUAUCCGACAGCAAAGAAAAGGAUGUUUCAGCAACACGUGAAGAGCUUAACGUUGCCACCAAUCUGCUUAACAAUUAUAAGGCCAAAGUCAAACAAUUGGAAUCGCAAAUAAUCAUCUUGACCAACGAACUACAUGAACUUCGACCCAUUACCAAUAAGGUAAAUCGACCGAUGGCUAUUGUUACGCCUGAUCAGAAUGACAAUAAUAUUGUCACCACCAAUGCAAAUGAUGACCGCAAUACUGAAGUUCUCAUUCACUCGGACCAAUUUCAGGAUGUUUCCGCUUUGAAAUCGAUGCUUGAAGGAGAAAUUCAUAAACGCCAACAAUUAGAAACGAUGGUGAAGGAAAAAGAACAAGAAAUCGAUGGUCUAAAAGUUGAUAGACAACAGCUACAGCAACAGGUUCAAAAUAUGGAAAAUGAUCGUUCGUUUGGCAGUGAUAAUGUCGACAAUGAAAUCAAACAAUAUCUUUCCGAUAGCUAUAGCCUGUCGGAUGUGAAAAUUUUGGCGCAAAAAUUUGCUUUUUCUGAAAGUGAAAAUCAAUUAAUUAAAUCACAGCUGGAAGAAGCAAAGAAAGCAUACCAAAAAUUAACAAUUGAUUACAAUGAUAUGAAAAUCCGUUUGGACACUGAGCAUUGUUUUUCAGAGAUUUACAAAAAUCAAUUGAAUGAAAUUAGCGAAGAAUUGAAUGAAAAGACUUCGGAAUUAAAUGUGCUUACAAGAGAAAAGACCGAUAUUGUUCAGGAGAACGAAUACCUCAAAAAUCAACUCAAACAUGAUACCAAUUACAGGGAAAGAUUGACCAUAUUGGAGAAUGACAAAUCUCAUCUGGAAAGUGAACGGGAAGAACUGCUUAAACAAUUGGCCAAUCUGAAAAAAGAUUCGAAUACCACUAUCGAAACACUUAGAUGCAAUGAACGAGAAUUUGGUGAUUAUAUUCAGGAACUAAAAAAGAAAAACAAAGAAUUCGAAACCAAAUUAAACGAUUUAAAUAAUAAUGCAGAGGCUGUUGCUUCUAUUCAACAGGAUAAUCAAAUACUGGCCAAACAAUUACAACAGGAAAAAUUGCUCAAAGAACAGGCUGUUAACAAAUUGGCCGAGAUUAUGAACAGGCGUGAUAUGAAAAUGACCGACAAAAAAGCCAAGAGUUCGAUUGCGAUGGAAUUGAAGAAAAAGGAAAAAGAAUGUCGCAAACUAGAGCAGGAACUCAAUUCAGAAAGAAAUUCUUGUAGUCUCAAGAUUUCAAAACAUCAGAAGGAAUUGAACGAUAUUCAGGCAAUUUUGCAAGAAGAAACUCAACAGAAACUUCGACUGCAAAUGGAAGUGGCAGCCAAAGAUGCCGAACUAGAACAAUUACGUAGCAAAAACACUCGAUUAUCAGAGGAAAAUUUGUCCACAACAUCGUCAUUGUCAUCGGUAGUCGCUUCAUAUCAGCAAUCACAAUCGAUUCCUAAUACCGUCGAAGAAGUAGACGAAUCAAGAUUAGAAGGUUGGCUUUCAAUACCCAAUAAACAGAACAUUCGUCGACAUGGUUGGCGUAAACAAUAUGUUGUAGUAUCGAGUCGAAAAAUUAUAUUCUACAAUAACGAAAACGAUAAAGCUAAAUCGGAUCCAACACUUAUACUGGAUCUUUGUAAAUUGUUUCAUGCUCGUUCCGUAUCUCAAGGUGAUGUGAUCCGUGCUGAUGCUAAGGAUAUUCCUCGCAUAUUCCAGCUUUUAUACGCCUGUGAGGGAGAAAGUCGUAAACCGGGCGGUGAUAAUUCAUCACAUUUGGAUAAUCAUUAUCAUCACGGUAAAGAUUCAACUACUAUUGAACAUAAAGGUCAUGAAUUUAUACCCAUUACAUUUCAUAUGCCAACUUCUUGUGAAGUUUGUUUGAAACCAAUGUGGCACAUGUUAAAACCACCACCGGCACUUGGUUGUAAAGGUUGCCGGAUGAAAAUACAUAAAGAACAUGUGGACAACAAACACGAAAACAGUGUAACACCGUGUCGAGUGUAUCUGAAAAAUUCUGCCAAAGAAUUGUUAUUGUUAGCAUCUAGCAGUGAUGAACAGCAAAAAUGGAUCCAUUUUCUAUGCAAACGAAUCAAACAAUGUGGUUACGCUGCAUCUAAUCAUUCAUCACAUCAAAGGCAUCAGAGUAGUCUCAGUUUUCAAAGUAAUUAUUCAUCGGAUUCGAUGGCCAGCGUUAAAUCAACACCUGACAAAAGUCAUCUGAAUCAAAGUCGUAGUUUUACUUCCAGCCAUGAUCUUCACAAUCAAGAACAACAGUCUAUUCAUGACAAAAAUAGUCAACAUGUUCAUAGCCAUCAUGAUUCCUCUACCACUGACAUUCAUCAAGCUUCUCAAUUUUCAUCAUCAUCAUCAUCAUCAGUAACGAAUCGAUCGGCCAGUUCAAAUAAUAGAUGGUCAUCAUCAGUUUCUAAUCGAUCUACACAUCAUUCAAAUUCAUCAACAUCAUUAACUAAAUCGGCUACAUUACCGCCUCUUAAUGGAUCAAAUAGUCAACAACAACAACCAGCGCAACAACAGAUGAUUAUGAUGAUGGAACAACAACAAAGGUCCGAAUCUGAUUUAACUAAUGUCAGUUCUACUAGUAGUUCAAGCUCAAUCAAUUCAAUGAAUAAUAAUAAUAUCAAUGGACAGUGAUGUUUCAUAACCCAAAUCCACAAACCAAAUUUGAUUAUUUGUUGUACUUAUUGCAUAUUGACCCUAUUAUAUUUCCACCCAACAACCAAAAAACAAAAACAAAACAAAAAACAGAAAGGUUUUAUAUUUUAU